AACGGUUGUUGCUGGCUUGGUGGUACGUAUCCCUGCAACUCUGGAGGCUACAGCAAGAUCAAAAGUUCAAGCCUAUCUGGGCUUCUUAGCAAGGUCACAGGCAGCACAUUGCUAGUGAACUCUAAGAAGAAAAUAAUGAACUGCAUAUUGGUUGUUCUUUAAGUAUUUAGAGUCAAAAGUAUACAGGUUUGUUGCCAAGGCCAAAGAAGAUGGCAACCCCUUACGUCCCAGUUCCUAUGCCAAUAGGAAACUCUGCUUCCAGUUUUACAACCAACAGAAAUCAAAGGAGUUCUUCUUUUGGUAGUGUCUCCACUAGCUCAAACUCUUCCAAAGGCCAGUUAGAAGACUCGAAUUUUAAGCAGACCAAUGUUCAGGAUCGGAUGGACAGUACAUCAUCUGUCUGUGGCAGUCCUCUCAUUAGGACUAAGUUUACAGGUGCAGAUUCAUCCAUUGAAUAUUCUACUAGACCAAGAGACACUGAAGAUCAGCAUCCUGACACAGUGAAUUGGGAAGAGAGACCUUCUACGCCUACAAUUCUGGGUUAUGAAGUUAUGGAAGAGCGAGCCAAAUUUACUGUAUAUAAAAUACUAGUAAAGAAAACCCCAGAAGAAAGCUGGGUAGUUUUCCGAAGAUACACGGACUUCUCUAGGCUUAAUGACAAAUUGAAAGAGAUGUUUCCAGGAUUUCGAUUAGCACUCCCUCCAAAACGCUGGUUUAAAGAUAAUUACAAUGCUGACUUUCUAGAAGAUAGACAAUUAGGAUUACAAGCAUUUCUUCAAAACUUAGUAGCUCACAAGGACAUUGCUAACUGCCUUGCAGUGAGAGAAUUUCUUUGUCUGGAUGAUCCACCAGGUCCAUUUGAUAGCCUAGAAGAAAGCAGGGCAUUCUGUGAGACUCUAGAAGAGACUAACUACCAUUUACAGAGAGAACUGCUGGAAAAGCAAAAAGAGGUAGAGUCCCUGAAGAAACUGCUCGGAGAAAAGCAGCUUCACAUAGACACAUUAGAGAACAGAAUGAGAACAUUGUCCUUGGAACCUGAGGCAACACUCUAUGUGUCAGGAGCAGAAGGUGGACAGAUCCUAAGGGUGGAGUCCUCUGUACUUCAAGUCAAUCGGGAUGUCUUGAAUGAAGACUCUAGAGCUAAUAGUAAAGCACACUUCAACUCAAGAGAAGCUAGAAGUGUGAUAGCAGACAUAGAAGUUGCACAGUUGGCAUAUAAUGUGGAAGAUGACUAACAUACUGGUGACAGUUCCUUGCAUUUCGGCAUUUCAGCAGAUUUGCAGUGGAGUGGCAGAUGCCACUUAACAAGACUGAACAGAAGAGAGCAAGACUGCACAUGUAUAAAGUUUACAUAAAGUGUUUCUUAAGUUAUUCGAAUAAGAACUAUAUUCACUGCUGCUUUUAACUGUCUUUUAUCCAGCAUUGUAUUUACUAUACUGGAAAAAAAAAAAAAAAAAAAACUAGUUAGAUUUGUCAUCAGGGCCCAUAUUCGUAAAUACUUUACAUAAAUUAUUACAGUGUCUUGCCUGUAUAUUGCUCCAAACUAUGUGUGUGUGCGUGUGUGUUUGUGUGUGCUUGUCUUAAAUCACCAGUUAUAUUAGGUGAAAACUAAUUGCAUGCUAGAAUCUGGGUAAUGUUUCUAUGACAUAGGUUUAAAUCAGUGAACACCAUCGGGAAGAUAAAGAUGAAUCCAGUUUAAGAUGUUGCUGUGUUUAUCAUCUCUAAAUAAAAAUUGCUUAUUUGGAAGGUUAGUACUACUUAAGAAGAUGACUUUGUACAGCCAAAGAUUAAUGUGUUCUGAAGAACUAUAAUUAGAUAGGCAAAGUGAUAAAAGAGCUUUGAUUUAAAUGAUGAUUAGUUAAUGUCAAGAUACUUAUUGUAAGUGUCCUGAUUUAUUAAUAUACUAGGAUAUUUUCUGCAUAAUCUUCAACUCAAUUCUCCACCCAUAGAUUCAGUGGGGUUUGCCUCAUUCAGAACACUACCUCUUUUUGCUAAUCAAGGCAUAUUCUUUUCAAAAUAUGUUAGUUUUGAGGCAAGUGAGUUACAAAACAAAAUAAACAUAUAUACUACAAAGUUCCCAAGUAGCUUGGCUCCUGGUGUUCCAUUUGUAUUUCUAUGUAUGUGAAGAUGUUAUGCUGUAUUAUGGCUGAUUUUGUUUAUAAUGUAUUUAGCCAACUGAUGCACUUUAUGAUAAUUAAACUCUUUUGUGCCAAGUUCAA